AUGGUGGCAGUUGAUGGCAUGAGUAGAAAUAUUGAUGCGAUCGCAGGUAAAAACCGUUAUUAUGCAACAGUGACAACACGAGAAUAUCGAGAAGCACUAAAAGUCUUGGAAGAUGCUGCUGCAUGUAAACUAAACUAUAGUAACAGAACGUAUGCUGAUGCUAUAGAAAAACUGAUAGUUAGAAAUUCUGAAUACGAUAGUGCUCUACUAUGUGGAAAAAAUGAAGAUAAUUAUUAUCAUUUGGAACUAAGAAAAUUUUAUGCUGAUCAUCGGAUAUUGGAUAGUGAAAAAAAAAUUAUAAUUAAUUAUAUGUUACAUUGUCUACCGGAUUUGGAAAAGGGUAUAUAUAGGCCCGCCGUUACGCUGAUCAGUAACGAUGACGAUUUAGUUUCAUUCUUCAAAUUUUACAAUGGUUCUGGUAGAGAAAACAUUGACAAAGAUGCCGGUGGAAUGUAUGCUAUAAUCAAAAAUAUGGAAUUCGGUGGCAUGAUGUCUAUUAGACAAUCAGUUAUAGAUCCAGAAGCAGCGGAAAUGUCACUUUAUUUAAGAGAAUUUCUUCAAAAUAAGAAAGUUGGCGCAAGAUUGAUAAAAUUUCAACUAGAAACAACAUUAGUAUUUGAUGCAAUAGCAUUUUCUUAUUGGAAUAAUCAAGAUUAUGAUAAUGCUAGUGUUUAUUGGUUAAAAACAUUAGAAAUUAAACAACAAAAUCAAAACCAACAUCAAGUUAAAGGUACAGCGAGUAUCAAAAAACUGAUCAUGAAAAAAAUCGGUGAGUUUUAUACAAACUGUUUAUCGCAUUAUAAGGGACAACCAUCCAAAAUAAUUGAAGUUCACAUUUCUAUUGCAUCUGUAUAUACAGAAAUUACACAGUACCAUAAAGCUCGUCAAGAAUACGAACAACAAUUAUUAUUUAUUGAGCAAAACGAUCCUGAUGCCAUUGGUUAUCAUAACACAUUAAUUGGUUGGUGUUAUUCAAAAGAAAAAGAUUACGAUCAUGCUGUGGAACAUUAUUUAAAAAAUUUAGAAUUAUACACGAUCAAUCAGAGAUACUUGAUGUUUAUUUGA